UUCAGUUCAGUAGUAUCGUAUUUCCUUCACUGGUUUGAGAAAAAGAAGAAGCCACGGUAGAAACGGUGUCGCUUUAAGGGAUAUUGGAGUCUGUAGCUGAGAAAGGAGAGAGAAAGAGAGAGCAGGCCAUGGCGUCAAAUGCAGCGGUGCCGUUCUGGAGGGCAGCCGGGAUGACAUACAUCACCUAUUCGAAUUUGUGCGCGAAUUUGGUCAGGAAUUGCCUCAAGGAGCCCCGUAGGACCGAAGCUCUGACCCGAGAGAAGGUCCAUUUCUCGGUUUCCAAAUGGGUGGAUGGCAAGCCUCAGAAGCCCACCAUCCGCUCGGAUACUCCGGAAGAAUGACCUUGAAGUUGCAGUACCAACCAAGUCUUCGAUGAAAACAUUUUUGCUGGAAAUUUGUUGUUUAACUUGUCACUUGGAUCUUUAUUUCUGGGUCUAUGGUGACCUUGGAUUUAGAAUGUUUUUUUAAUGGGCUUUGCAUGAAGAUUGCCCCAUAAUAAUCUUUCUGCUAUGACUUGAUCUUAUGCGGUGCUGGUGUUUUAAUGGAACGCAUAUUGUCAAUGUUGAUGACUUCUGAAACUCUUUCCUUUUAGGAAUUCUGUGUUUUCCUUAUUGU